AUGGCCAUGGCCAUGAACCCCGCCCAGCUCGCCUACGGCUACCUCGCCCAGCAGCAGCAGCAGCAGCAACAACAGCAGCAGCCGUACCAGCACGCCGGCGGCUACGGCGUUCAGGCGGCCGGCAUGCCUCCCCAGCAGCAGGCCUACAACACUCAGCCGUUCGACUAUGCGCAGCAGCAGCAGCAGUUGCAGCAGCUCGAGGCCGGACGGAAGCGACGCCGUUCGCCGUCACCGGAGCGGAGUCGGGACUACGACCGAGACGACCGAGGCGGCGGCCGGGACAGGGACCGGGACAGGGAGGAGCGGGGCUGGAGCAGGGACAGGGAUCGCGAGGACAGAGGCAGCAGGGACCGGGACAGAAGGGACAGGAAGAGCGGGUGGGACGCCUGA